AUGGAUGCCGAAAUAUGUAAACAGUUCAAGAAUGUAUGGGAAGAUUUUCCCGAUACAUUGAGUAGUGAAAACUAUCAAUUUAAAAGCGAUGAACGUUCCAAAACAUAUUGUACUAAUAUAAACUGUAGUAAUAAUGUCGAAAAAAUUCAUGCUGUAUGUUUGUUUUUGUUUAAUGCUCUCUUGGGAAGUUCUUCGUUUAAGAGUAAUGGAAAUAGUAACAUCAAUAUUGUUGAAUAUAUUAUGAUAUGGUUAAGUUAUAUGUUAAGCUCAAUCAAAAAUACAGAUGGCUCCACCAGCAGUCUACAAUUUUUUUUUAAUUUAUAUAUAAAUGGUGGAGAUUAUUAUAGUAGUUAUAAGAAUCUUAUAGAUAAAAAAAAAUAUUUUUUGAAUAUGGAUAAGAGUAUUAUAUCUAAAUUUUAUAAUGCAUUUAAAUCAUUAUGCAACUUGUAUACUCAAAUUGAUAAAGACAAUCAUAAUUGCAAAAAUUAUUUGAAAGACGAUAAUGAAUUUAAUAAAAAUUAUGAAAAUCUUAAGAAUGAUCCUGAUAUUACUAAAAACGAAUCAUACAGCCAACUAUUGUCUACUUUAUUAAAUGAUUAUAAUAAAUUAAAAGAUAAAUGUAGCGAUAUAUCAUCAAGUUCAUCGAUAGCAAACAAAUUAUUUAUAGUUUUAUCGAUAUUUGGUGCAAUAGCAAUUUUAUUGGGAGUUUCUUAUAAGUAUUCGUUAUUUGGAUUUCGGAAACGAUUUAAAAAACAACAAAUAAGAGAAAAAAUAAAAAAUAUAAAGAAAAUGAAUCAAUAA